GUAACGUCUGGGAAGCGGACUCUGAGCUGCAGGUCACCGCCGCACUUCAAGCAAACGGAUAAUAAAAACAAAAACCAACAAAGCUCUCUUGUUCCGUGUGGAUGUGCAUAGAUAGAUAUUUUUUGCGAGCUUGAAGUCGUUUGGAAGUAAAACAGUGACCACAGCGGGAUAUUGAACUCCUCGGGACGCAGGGCAGGAGCCCAAAAAUAAGUUUUCAUCCUUUUCUGUUUUCUUCAUCGAAUGAAUUGUUAUUCCUUUUUGCCGAGUUUGUUGGACUGAAUGCGUGUACUUUUCAGUUCCGGUGUUUAUUCUGACCUGGAGUGGGGCUGUUGACGGCGAGGCGGACACCAGAGAAGCGGCAGCUCGGUAGCCACCUGACCUCCUGGAAAAUAAGACGGCAGCUGAUGACACGCAGGCUGAGAGCUUUACGUGGCAUAUUAGUAAGCUCACUGACGGAGUGGGACGAGUUUUCCAAGCGGCUGUUGCAUUCCCAGCCGUGACGCACCGUUUGCGCGUGAAGUUUGCGGAAUACUGUUAGCGAUAUCUAAUCAAUAUUAGCGAAAUAAUAAUUUGGGUGAACGCUGACAUUGAGUUGGGCAUAAUUCUCUGAACUUCUUUCGUGUCUGCGAGAAUAACAGCCUGAAGUGGUUCAUCUGUCUGUACCGGAGACCAUGGGUAUAACCGCGCUGCAAGUGCUCCAGUGGUCGUGAUGCCAAGCGCCGGUCUGAUCCCGCGCGUCCAUCCCGUUAUGUGCGCUCUCUAACCCCGCAGAAGUGUGGUGCCGUGUCCCGGUCACACCGCCAGGAUGAGCAGCACCGACCUGGAGCGCAUGUCGCUUAGCUCUUCGGCAAACUCUGUGGCGUCCAGCGCACGGACGCUGUCGGCUAACGUGAGGAAGCUGCACAACGCGCUCAACCUCCUGCUCAACGAUUUCGAGAGGGAGCAGUUCAUCCACUGCCUGAAUGUCUACCACUCCAAACGCAACGUGUACGACCUGGUGCAGACCCUCAAUGUCAUCCUCAACGCGCCCAGCAAACGGCAACUUCUGCCCAUGCUGCGGCUGGUGAUCCCCCGCUCCGAUCAGCUCCUUUUCGAGCAGUACACCUCGGAGGGCCUUUACUUAAAGUCGGAUUUAGUUGCAAGCAACGGCCACGCCGAGCCGCCCCCGGGCGAAUUCCUCAGCGCUAGCCCGACGCCCCCGGGGCAUUUCUCUCCGAACAACCCCCCCGAGUUUCAAGUGGCGCUGCGGGGCUCUCCGGACAGCUUCAGCACCAGCAGCGACGGGACAGCUCCCCUGGUACCUCUUCUCGGGAGGAACUUUAUCCACGAGCCGCCCGGUGAGCUGCGCCAGGUCACCAUGAAGCGGCACAAGAGCAACGAGGGCCUGGGCUUCAGCAUUCGCGGCGGCUCGGAGCACGGAGUCGGGAUCUACGUGUCCCUGGUGGAGCCCGGGAGCUUGGCGGAGAAAGAGGGUCUCCGGGUCGGUGACCAGAUCAUGAAAGUCAACGACAAAGUCUUCGAUAAAGUCACCCAUGCUGAAGCAGUGAAGGUGCUCAAGGGAAGUAAAAAGCUUUGCCUCUCAGUGCGUUCAGUCGGUCGCAUUCCAGGCGGCUAUGUCACCAACCACGUUUAUACCUGGGUUGACCCUCAGGGUCGAAGUGUGUCCCCUCCUCCUGACCUGCCUGAGCAUCGCAGCGCCACUCUGAGAAGAACUGACAGUCAGCGCCGAAGCAACAUGCAGCUACUGCAGGAAGGGGAUGAGAAGAAGGUCAACCUGGUUUUAGAUGAUGGCCGGUCUCUGGGUCUGAUGAUCCGAGGGGGAGCAGAAUACGCUUUGGGUAUUUACAUCACUGGAGUGGACCAAGGGUCAGCAGCAGAGUGUGGAGGACUGAAGUCUCUGCCUGCUCCACCCUCAACGCCUUGCUCAGUCCCCUCCGCCACUCCUGUCUCUUCCCCUCCCCCCACUCAGGUUGGUGACCAGAUCUUGGAGGUGAAUGGCCGCAGUUUCCUGAGCAUCCCGCACGAUGAGGCCGUCAGAGUCCUGAAGUCAUCACGCCAUCUGAUGAUGACAGUGAAAGACGUAGGCCGCCUGCCGCACACCAGGACGGUGGUGGGUGAGACCAAGUGGAUCGCCAGCUCACAGAUUGCAGAGAGCUCUGCCAAUAGCAGCGUGGCAAGCUUUUCUGUGGAUCAAGGAGCUUCUGCAUCAGGAAAGUCUGGGUUUUAUAAGGGUGUGGCAGGCUCACAGGUAACCCUGUCCAGUCUAGUGAAUCAAUCCCGUGCCAUGCUGGAGGAGCAGGCACGCCACCUGCUGACAGAGGCGGAGCGACAGACCAUGGUCUACUACGUGGAGGAGUACCGGGACGGACACAUAGGAGUGGAGCAGCUGGUCAUGGCGUUGUUUGAGCUGCUGAACACGCACGCAAAGUUCUCCUUGCUGUCUGAAGUACGAGGCCUGGUUGCGCCACAGGACCUGGAGCGUUUUGAUGGGCUGGUCCUUCGACGGGAAAUUCAGGCCCUUAAAGCUCGACAGGGGGCAGCUGGCGCCUCAGCCCUGCAGCCAGACUCCCUGUCCAUGGUGUCAUAUCCAGACACUCUGACAUCAUCUUCAGCCAGCUUCAUGACCAACACCACCCUCAGCUCUGCACGGAAUGACAGCGUUGUGGAGAGUAAUGAGGAGGAUCCCCCAGAGAGCCUGAACAUGCUGCUGACCGACAUCUCUCUGGAUGAUGUUCAGUCCGCCACAGCCGAGUCCCCUCCCUCCUUCAAGCCUCCGCCCCCACCAGGGGUGCAGAGGGGCCCAAGUAGAAGAGAUCCACUCAACAAGUGCCCCUCUUCCGAAUCCUCCCACUCAGGCUUGUACUUUACAGCCACAGCCUCUAAGAACCACGGCAACGAGCCAGGACACGCUCCUGCCUCACCCUCUUUACACCACAAACGAGAACGCCAGAGGGACCCAUCUCAAGAAUACACAGCUAUCAGAAAGAGAGAGCCCUCUGCAUUGGCCAAGAAACAGAAAAUAACAUCCGCUCAGUUGUCCACAGUCACUCAGCACAACAUUGGCCCUUUCCCCAGGGUGCAGUCGCCCAGCAGAGGCACUAAACCCGCUGCCCCGUCCCCUUCACCUCCGCCUCCUCCUCCACUCCCUGCCCCUCCUCCGCCCCCUUCUCUGUCCCUUAAGCCAGCGUCCAAGACCAAAUCCUCCCCCACCUCCUCUCCUGGGUCUAAACAGCAGUUUGUUACAGUGGAGGUUCACAGGCCCAACGCAGAACCCGAUGUCAAUGAGGUGCGGCCACUUCCCCAAGCCCGAGGUGGCACCCUGUCUCAGCUGUCAGACAGUGGCCAAACCCUCAGUGAGGACAGCGGGGUGGACAUAGCUGAGUCAGGACACGUCAGGAAAGAAAGUAGCUCCCAUUCCUCACGCACACACCUCCCCCGAGACACCCAGGAGGGAGGCGGGGGGGACAACCCCUCCAAACCGCCAGGGCUUUUGGAGCCUACCGCUACACUAGUGAGGGUGGCAAAGACUGCCAGCACCCUGGGUAUUGCCAUUGAAGGUGGAGCCAACACUCGCCAGCCGCUGCCACGAAUUGUGACAAUACAGAGGGGUGGUUCAGCUCAUAACUGCGGCCAACUGAAGGUGGGACAGAUUAUACUGGAGGUAAACGGGGUUUCCCUGAGGGGCCGCGAGCACAGAGACGCAGCGCGCCUCAUCGCCGAGGCCUUCAAGACCAAAGACAGAGACUACGUGGACUUCUUGGUGACUGAGUUCAAUGUGGCACUAUAGCUGAGUGGAAGAGGAGGGAGUACGAUGACGAAGGUAGCACCAAGAGAAGAGGACUUCAAGGGGGUGAUGAUGCAGAAGUAUUCAAGUAUUCUAUUGAUUUAUAUGGCACAACUCUUGGAUAAACCUAAACAAACCACCAACUGAUCUGAGCCCUUCUCCUUUCUCGGAAAACCCACUCUUGAAUUUACAAGGCAUUACUUUCACCGUGGACUUUGUCCAGGAUUCUCCUCAACUUGUUACCUCCCCACUGUGAGACAUUAUGCGCUGCAGUGGAAAACCUGUACCUUUUGUGUUAAACCGUGUGGAUUUCUGGAACUUCUCGUAACACUCCCAUGUCUCAUGCUAACUUUAUUUUACUUACUUUCUGCUUUUAACUGAGAGACAACUGCACAUCUAAGAUAAACUGAUUGCUUGGCUUUACAAGUUUGGAUUUGUAUAUGUAAAAAUGGACAAAUGUAGAUACAGAUGCAUAUAUAAUGUACACAUAAAAGUACUCCUAUAGAAUUAAAAAAGAACCUGUAACCUCUGUCGCAUCAUCUAUAUAUCUAAAUAUAUCUGAAAUAUGGUGAUGAUUUCAGGACAAUACAUGAAUCCACAAAUUUUACCAGAAUAACAGUGACCAUCAUCAAAAUACCAUCCUUUCACAAAGAGGAAAUGGGGGGGGGAUCUUGUCAUACUGACAAAAAUAGAAAUAAAAUACUGAUAUUUGUUUACUCCGACAUGAACUCUGACUUUGCACUUACACACCUCUCUUUAUGUCUGUGUUUAAAACUCUGCCUUCACAUUAGGACAGCCAAAUUGGAAAAUAUUAUCCAUCCACAGUACAAUAUGCAAAAACGGGAUUCUGCAUCAUAUUCAAAACCUCUGUGGAGGACUUCUACUGUGUUUUAUUAUAUCCAAUAUCAUAAUUUAAUUGGUAUGUUUUUCUCUCCUGAAUUAGGUUAUUAUAGUGACUUGAUUGGAGCUCAUAAAUGCUACUUGUUAACUGGGUGAACAGUAGUAGCGUUUACUGCUCAGGGGCCAAUAGAAAUAACAAACAGCUGGUGUAUCAGCCAAAACAACAUUGCUAUCUAGAGCUGUCAGCCAAUAAUUAGACAUUUUUCCAUCAUUGCACGAUGUAAAAAUGUUAGUUGUGAGAAUGUUAGAGUCAUAUCAGACUCUAAACACAUCAUAAUUAGAUUUGGACAUAACAGCAGCGUGCCAUAAAAAGAGUUGGUUGCACUGCUGUAGGAGUGAGCCAAGGGCUCCGAGUGCCUGCUGCUUAACGUUUGAUUACUCCCAACAUUUAAAACUGAUUUGAUCUUAAUUGUUUUUAAAUGCACUUUUUUAUAGACCAAUGACUGUGACAAUUAUGUUGUUUAUCUUUGACUCCUUCACAAUAAAAGUCGCUCUUUGUUUCACCUUUUUAAUGGUGUUAGCAUCUGAAAGAGAAAAUGUUCACUUUGCCUUAGGAGUAAUUUACAUCAGCAAGAUGAUCAUUACUUAAUAUGAACAGUGUUGGGGAGUAACGGAAUACAUGUACCGCCGUUACGUAUUUAAAAUACAAAAUAUGAGUAACUGUAUUCCGUUACAGUUACCGUUUAAAAAGGUGGUAUUUAGAAUACAGUUACUUUGCUGAAAUAAAUGGAUUACACGGCGGUAUUUUCCUGUUUCAUAUUGUGGCGGGUCAGGACUGUUUGGGUUUUGUUUGACAGCUAUUUUCUGUUAUUCCAGGCGGCAGCGUUACGGUUGCCAUGGUUACAGGGCGACGCGCUCUCUCUGCGACUGUGUGUUUCCUGGGUGAGAGAGCGCCUUUUUGUUGUUGUUGUUGUGCUAAGCUAUGCCGAGCAGUUGGGUUAGCGGCUGUGUGUUUCUGUUGGAAAUUAAACGGCUGUGCUCCCUGGAAACUCUGGGAAGCAAGACCAAACGACACCUCUGUCUCCUCCUUGUCUGAGCUCGCCACAAUAUGUUUGGCUAUACCCUCUAUUUUUGGUAAUUCCAUGCCAGUGGAAACCCAA